AUGUCGGUGCUGGUUGCGCUCUCCCCGCUGGAGGCCAUGAGGAGGAUCAGGGAGAUGGGUUCGACAGGAAAGCUCUCUCCCCUCCCCUACACGAUGAUGAGCGUCAACGGCUCCCUGUGGCUCGCCUACGGCAUCCUCACUCAAGACGUGACCAUGUGCGUCCCAAACUUCUUCUCCACCAUCUGCGGCGUCGUCUACCUCCUCAUCUUCUCUCGCUACCAACGCUCCUCCUCCUCCUCCGAGAUCUACGUGCUUGGAGGCGUCGUUGUAACCACCUCUGCUGUUGUUGCUGCCUUCCUCCUGCCUCGCCCGGAAGCCAUUGACAUGAUCGGUCAGAUCGGAUCUCUAGUGCAGGUCCUCAUGUCUUCCUCGCCGCUCGUCGUCAUCCGGGAUGUCUUCGCCACCAAGUCAACCGCCGCCAUGUCGGUUGGCUUCACUGUAGCUUCCUUCCUCUCCUGCUCCGUGUGGACCCUCUAUGGAGUUCUCGUCGCGCGAGACCUCUAUGUCUGGGCCCCCAACUUCGUCGCUCUGCUCGCAGUUAUGGCGCAACUCUCUCUCUUCUUCUGUUACGGUCUCCCGCCCAAGCCGGCGAGCAAGCACGUCGAGCUACAGGACAUGAAGCACGUUUCAAGUCCACAAGGAGACGGAGGGGCGCGACACGCAUAGGGAGCAGCGACUAGUCACGAGCAUGCGAUCUCACGUGUAUAAAACCUCCUUCUCUUCUC